UAUCCCAUGCAUUCACCUGCUCCACCGUCCCUUUGAAGGGCAUGCCAUUUUAUGAGACGCAUCGGCUGCUGCCGAGCCUGUCGGAGCCGUUGCUGGAGGCCAGGAUUCGCUUACCAAGACGGCCUAACCUGAUCGAGAAGAGGGGAGUUACGCAGCGCCCUGAUGCUUUUUGAGUGCUGAGCACGCCUUCUGCCAUCUGUUUCCGUUCUUGUUAUUGCGCGAGGCCCUCCUGUCACCCUGUUUCUUCAACAGCACCUUCGCAUCUUGAAGAGAGCUCGGCAGACGGCGAAUUGUGCGACACCUGCCCAAAGCCGAACCUUCCGGCGGAAAGAACAAUACGGAAUAUUAAGGCGCCCUAAACGACAGGGAGAUGGCGAGCUCGGAUAGCGAUGGCCAGGCUCCUCCACGAAAGCGCUCGAGGACAAGCGCGAAUAGUGGUGAGGAUGGUGGAGCUGGUGGCAAGAAGGCAAGGGGGAGACCUAGAGUGGAUACUCAGGACGAGACGGCUGCCGAUCGCCGCCGAACACAAAUUCGACUUGCACAGCGAGCAUAUCGCCUGCGCAAGGAGACGACAAUAUCGUCGCUCAAGAACCGAAAUGCUCGACUUCAAUCUAUCAUCGAUCAAAUGAACAAGUCCUUUCUCCGCUUUAAUGAUUCUGCUCUCAAGUCGGGCAUUUUGCAGCUUCACCCCAGUCUGGCUCAAGAAUUGAAGCAUGUCACGGAAACGUUCGUCGCUUUGGCAAAAUCUGCUGCUGAAGGGGCUCAUGAGGCCGAAGAUGACUUCGGUGAUGCGACGACAGAUCCAGCUGCCGAAGUGCUUCAGGCUGGCGCUUCCACAGCAGGAGCGGCGCAGAACCACCAGACAAAUCAGGAGCCGCAGCAUAUGAAUAUCGGAUGGGGGUACACCGCGGCCAUCGAAGACGCUGCAGGGCAAACGAACUUCACAUCGACGAAAGAGACUGGAAAUCAUCUGUUCCCAUCUAUAAACUCACCGUUCGACAAGAACAACCAAAGCCUUGUGCCACUGCGGCGUCCAGUAUCUGUUGGCCAUAUAUUAGACCAAUCCACAUCCUGGACGCGCACUCCCCCAAACGAGGACCUGAAUUCGCAGCACCUUCCGUUCGGCCUUAUCGACAUCCUGAGCCAUCACGAGUACUCGCCCGGGUCCCAAAGCCCGGACAUGUACUCCGUUCACGUCCCCACCCCGGAUAUAAUACGCCUCCCGACUCCUCCAUACCUCCCUAGCCUAUCAACCAAAACGCUAACACCAACCUGGACCUACAGCCACGACGAAACCACCUUCGCCCGUAGGCUAACCCGCGCCGCCCUCGAAACCGGCUUCCACCUCCUCAGCGCCGCCAACCAGCGUCCCGCGGCGCUCAACUACGUCUUCAAGCUCUCUCUUCCGUAUAUGAGCCUCAACGCCCUACGCGAGCGCUUUAAAAUGCUACUAGCGCGCGGCACAGACGAAGAGCUCGACUGUUGGGAAACGCCCUUCAUCCACCUCGGCGGGGCCGGAACCCAUUAUCCACGAAAAGACGCAAAAGGCAACGAGGUCGCUAUUCCGAACUCCUGGACUGUCCGCAGAAUAGGACCUAUUUCGGCGAAGAUGGUUCGCGCUGAGAACUCGGCGGAUCCGUCGCAGAGUCAUGAUUUGAAUAUCGACCUUACCGGGUUUGAGGGAGAGUGGUUCGAUGCAUAUGACGUGGAGGGGUAUCUGCAGCAGGAGAAGGGGUGUAAGAUUGAUCCGAAGGAUUCAUUCGCCGAGGUUUUAAUCGACGAAGACCACGAACCUACGUCGAACGAUGCCAAUGAUUUUGUCUUCGCGCAUCGAGCUUUGAAGUUCAAUUACUCGCAUAUACACAAGACUCCAAGCACGUCUAGCUCCAGCAACAGUUGCAGCCUUACGACGGCUACGUCGUCAACGAACUCAACGCCUGUCACUGACACCACGACCAUCAGCAGCGGUCACAACAACGUAGACAAUAUCUUCGCACCACCUGAUGCACCCUUUGGUCUGGAUAUGGGCAUCAAUCUCCCCACUAGUAGCACCGACCUCCCUGUGGACUUCCCUAAAUUCCCCGACAUCGACCCAACCACAUUCUUUGACCAACCCCUCGGUCUCGAUCUCGCACCUGGCUUCGAUGCGCCCUUCCCCUCCGCCACUUCCUUUGCCGACGUGAACUUCGGCAACACCUCUGUCGACAUGGGCACUCUAGGACUGGACCUUAUGGGUGGAGAGACGAGACAGUUGCCUGUUAUUAGGCAGCGGAAGAAGAAGCCGGCCUGGGUUGACGUGUCGAAGCUUAUUGAUGAAAUUAUCAAGCAUGGUGUCUGUCUGGGAAGGUCACCCGGGUUCCGGAAGAAGGAUGUCGAUAUGGCGUUUCAGGCUGCUUUGAUCACGGCAUUCUAAGGCUUCGAAUGGCCGGAACAUGUAUGGUUGUUUAAUGGGUGCUCAAGGCGCGACACUAUCAUCAUAGGGAUGGAUCACAGACAUUGUAUCACGCUAUCGCGAUAACGGCCUCAAGAUCACUUUGCUAGCGAGCAAACUGCUGUGAUAAAGAAAAUCAUCUCCUUUUCUGGAGGAAGCCGUCACGUCAUUUGUGCAAGCAAGCCUGUAUUCGCCAUACCGACGGGGCAUGGCGGGAAUGAGCGAAAGAGUAGGUAAGGCACGUUACCGCCAGUUCACUCACUUUAGAAUGGAG